AAAUUCCAAGGAAUUCCACAGCAGCUAUAAAAUUACCUGCUCACAGUGAUUAUUACACUAUACAGUUGGACUAGUGAAGUUAACAUGGGCACAGCAUCAGAAGAUAAAUCCGUCCUUAAAGAAGGGUUUUUGGUGAAAAGGGGUCAUGUGGUCCAUAACUGGAGAGUGCGUUGGUUUGUGCUUAAACUGGACAGACUUCUGUAUUAUAAAUAUGAGAGUGGCAAACGGAAUUCUUGCCAUCGAGGGACCAUACUGCUAAAUAACUGCAUAAUCACCUGCCCUUACCUGGAGUACGAAAACAGACCGCUGGUGCUGAAGUUGCAGACCACCACUUCAGAGGAGCACUUCCUUGAGGCUUGCAUGAGGGAAGAACGUGAUGAAUGGGCUAAAGCGAUUGGUGCAGCAGUACAGAAGCUCAACACAAAUGAUGCACAGACACCAUCAUUACCACAAGAUACAAUUCUCACAUCCCUCCAGCUUCACAAUGUCAACCUCAGUCAGGUGGUGGACUCCAUGUAUGAUGUGCAUGCCGGUAUUCGGCUGUGCAGACAUGUUGAGCAGGGCAGCUCGUACACCAAAUGUUUCUCAGGCUCAACGGUGGUGGAUUGGCUGGUUUUUAAUAAGCUGGCUCUGACCCGUGUGGAGGCAGUAACAUUAGCAUCCACGCUACUUGACGAGGGCUCCUUGCGACCCAUUGGUAUAAGGAGCGCUGAUGCUCUCCGGAACGCUGCUCUUGGAGAGCAGUUCCUUGAUGACUCCACUGCACUCUACAGCUUUUCUCAGAGCUUCCAGAAGCGAGGUAGUGUGAAAGCAGAGAAGUCUCUGUCUGCGGUGGAGCUCAGUGGAAAAGUGGUGAAGAGAGGAUACCUGCUCAAACAGGGACACAAGGUGAAGAAUUGGAAGGUGAGAUUGUUUGUACUGAGGGUGGAGCCUGGCUUCCUGCACUACUACGACCCCAGCAAGGAUGACAUCACUCCAGUUGGCAGGAUAUCUCUUCGUGGCUGUCUGGUGUCUGCCCUGGAUGAUAACGGCACUCCAUCAGGUGUUAAAGGUAAAGUGCAGGGGAACCUCUUUAAAAUCAUCACUAAGACGGAUACGCACUAUUACAUCCAGGCCCCAACACAUGAGGAGAGCAUGGACUGGAUACAAGCUAUUAGACUAGUGACUUGAAAGAAAGAUGAAUUAUUUCUGCACUGCACAUCUCAUAUUUAUAUAUUUAUAUGUAAAUCUUGUGAUGUGUUAUCAAUUGCAAACUGCACUGGGUGCAGAUGAAGCCUUAACCUAGUCAUCAAAGGCUUGUUUAUGUUGAAUACCAUUUUAAAACAAGACCAGGCUUUAUCACCUGUCAAUAGAAUUUACAGGUGGAAAUGUUCAGAUUAUACAUUCUGUGAAUGUAACUGAGAAAGAGCUAAUGUUGAUCAGUGUAUGCUUUCAGUGUAUGAAUCUAAAUGUUGUUCUUUAUUAAAUUGUGUACAA